CGAAACCGAUAACCCGAGGAACACUGGAAUCGGAAUGGACAAGUGGAUGGUGUUCCCAAGUGUGUUUGUUUUAUGUUGGCAGUUCCGUAAUUAUUAUUAUUACUAUUAUUUAUUGCAACGAAGUUUAGUUUUUAACACCUUAAUGUAUAGUUUCGCCCAGCGCGUAGCGAUGGAGUGAUAUGUAUAUGAACGAACAUAUAUGUGCGCGUACCUAAUCGCUAAGAUAAUUCUAUGUAGUUUGUCAUUUGUAUACAAUAAGUGCCUUUUAUAUGUUAACGACGAUGUCAGCCAGCAGCAAUACAAACAGCCUGAUCGAGAAGGAGAUUGACGACGAGGACAUGUUGUCGCCGAUCAAGUCUAACAAUCUGGUGGUGCGGGUCAACCAGGACACGGACGACAAUCUGCAGGCGCUGUUCGACUCCGUCCUGAAUCCCGGAGACGCCAAGCGCCCGCUCCAGGUGCCCCUGCGCAUGCGGAAGCUGCCCAACUCCUUCUUUACGCCCCCGGCGCCCUCGCACUCGCGAGCUAAUAGCGCCGACUCCACCUACGACGCGGGCUCCCAGUCGAACAUCAGUGGCAAGGCCGUCCAGCAAACAGGAGGUCCCGAUGGUCAGUCGCCCAUCGCCGCCAUCCCCCAGCUCCAGAUCCAGCCGUCAGCGCAGCACAGUCGCCUGGCGAUACAUCACUCCCGUGCCCGCAGCAGCCCUGCUUCGCUGCAGCAAAACUACAAUGUGCGCGCCGCCCGGAGCGACGCUGCCAACAAUCCGAACGCCAAUCCGAGCAGCCAACAGCCGACCGCUGGGCCCACUUUCCCAGAGAACAGUGCCCAAGAGUUCCCAAGCGGCGCCCCGGCCAGCUCUAUUGAUCUGGACGCCAUGAACACCUGCAUGUCGCAAGACAUGCCCAUGUCUAUGCAAACAGUGCACAAGAAGCAGCGCUCCUACGACGUGAUAAGCCCCAUUCAGUUGCAGCGUCAACUGGGCGCCUUGCCACCGGGUUGGGAGCAGGCCAAGACCAACGAUGGCCAGAUCUAUUACUUGAACCAUACUACAAAAUCUACGCAGUGGGAGGAUCCAAGAAUUCAGUUUCGCCAACAACAGCAAAUCUUAAUGGCUGAGCGAAUAAAGCAAAAUGAUGUUUUGCAAACUACAAAACAAACUACCACAUCGACCAUUGCUAACAAUUUGGGUCCACUGCCGGAUGGUUGGGAGCAGGCAGUUACCGAGUCCGGAGAUCUUUACUUUAUAAAUCACAUUGAUCGAACGACUUCAUGGAAUGACCCCAGAAUGCAAUCUGGGCUUAGCGUACUCGACUGCCCAGAUAACUUAGUGUCUUCCCUUCAGAUUGAGGAUAAUCUUUGCAGUAACUUGUUUAAUGACGCACAGGCCAUUGUAAAUCCGCCGUCUUCCCAUAAACCUGACGAUUUGGAAUGGUAUAAAAUUAAUUAAUUCAAAUGUAUACAUCUGUAUUAGACCUAAAAGUUUUAUAUUUUGUAUUAUUCUAAAUUAAAUAUUUUUCAAAUUUUAUAGUA